AUGCAUCAGUGCCUGAUGUACAGCGUCCUCACAUCCAUGAACUUCUUCAAGUACUACAUACAUGGCAAGGUUUUCUCGCGGUGGCAGCAACACACCCGGUUCACUUUGUACUGCCAUGCGCGAAAGAACUUGGUCAGGCGGCUCUUUUUGGCAAAGCCACUCUUCGUGGGACCACUGAUCAAGAUCAGUACCCUGGCGCGUCUUGAGGUGGAGUCCGUGAAGGUGGUCAGCAUCGGAAGCAACGUGUACAACUUGGCAGACUUCGAGCGCGAGCAGGCCACGGUUCGGUCAGCGAGCUGCGCGCAGAAGGAGCUGGAAAUGCUUCACGAUCAGACGGUGGCAGCCAUGGACAAGCUGGUGCAGGUUGUGGGUGAGGGCCUUACGAGCUCCAGGUGCGGUAAGGCCACCGAGCCUCAGAGCCACGAGCCACCACAGGGAACGCUGAGGCCGCGGAUGAAGUCCAUGGUGCAGGAGAAGAAGGAGGCUUCCGACAGUGCACGGCGGCAUCGCCUUGCCGUCUAUGACAACCAGAUGCUCGGCGACUGCGUGCGUCUCGUGGACUACAUGUUUCAGGCGUGCCUGGUCAAGGUGGUGAUCAACGCCGCCGUAGAGUUCUUCAACCGGGUGGAUAGCUCUACAAAAAUGUUCUCCAUCUCCGUGGCCUACGGCGAGAAGACCAUGGUGCCGCAAUCGAGGGCUGAGAUUCUUGGGUGCCACUGUGUUUUUGUUGGGUACUGGUACCUGCCAUCCGUGCCGCAGUGGGCCCCGAUGGAGGUGUUUGAUCCUUCUUUGGACCAGUUCCUCGAGAUGCAAACAAAGCUUUGGCGCUCGUCGGUCCAGGUGGUGAAUGGCAUCUUGUCCCUGCUGAGCUCCCCGCACUACGUGAAGCACAUCUCCGCCUCCACCGGCAACACGCAGACUGCAAGGGGCCCAGCGAUCCCUGGGCGGAAUACCUGCGCCAGAGAUCCCAAAUGCGCGGGGCUCGCGCCGGCGCUGAAGCAGGGCUUCGAGGCGACGAUCAAGUUGGAGUCCACGACCUCCACCACCUCAAGCUCCUCCGGCGACUAUAUGGAGCACUCCUUCAUCAUUCGCCGGUCCAUCACCGCCUUUCGCGCCGACUUUUCCUACAGAGAGCGAUUCAUCCAAGCCAUCUCCGGUGAAAAGAAGAACAUUCCAAGCUGGUCGGGACAGCCCAGCUCCUUGCGAUCGUGGUUGAAGCUUUUGGCGUACUGGGAGAUGGAGACAACGCUCAGUCGAGACAAGUGGGGAAUCCGCCUGUACCAGAGCUUUGCAGAAGGGACCCAGCCCAGGAAGAUCGCGGACCAGGUGGCCAUGGAGGAUCUGCUUUCCGCGCGAGGAUACGGGUUGAUCCUAUCAGCCCUUAUGGCCAAGUACAAACCUUUCUUGGACAUCGCGGGGCCCACGUCCAUAGACAAGUUCUUCUACAUGGGCGAAAGAGGAAAAUCCGAGUCCUUCGCCACUUUCUUGGCGGCCAAAGAGGUGGCAAGACAAGAGAUGGAGCAGAACCUUCAAGAAAGAAUUCCGGAUCGCGUGGCUGGAAGGAUCCUUCUCCGCCAGUCGAACCUCUCAGAGUUCCAGCGGGAGCUUAUCUCGCUGAAGGACAAUGCCACCAUGUUGAGCUUCGACGAGGUGGCCGCCAUGUUGAGACCGCUUGACCGACCGGAGAUGUUAGCCCAAGCUGCCCAGUCAGAACUCGGAACCCACGCCUCCAAGCAUUAUCCGGUGAUGUAUGCAGAAACCGAAGAGCUCCCCGUGCAGGACGAGGACCCACAAGAAGAUGGAGAAGACUAUGAAGAAACUUCGGAGUCCGAGUUCGACGAGCUCUACUUCGAGGACAAGGAGUUCGAGGAAGACGAGGCGAUCUACAUCCAGGCGUACCACUCAGCCUAUGCAGAUGUUCGGCGGGAUCUUCGAGAAAGGCGUCGAGAGCGAGGCUUCAUCAACCACAACAAGGUCGCCGGAUCGAAAGCCUCGACACCCAGGCCUUCCAAGGACAAAGGCCGCGGUCAUGUUCCUCGAAGGAAGUUUGGAAAGGGCGCCGGAAAGAGAUCUGGAAAGGGACAAGGCUCCAACGGCAAGAUGAUGCGGGGCACAGCAGAACAACUGGUGAGCCGCGCCCGUUGUUACAAUUGCCAGGAGCUUGGCCACUAUGCUCGAGAUUGCCCUCUCAAAGGUUCUGGAAAGGGCAACAAAGCAACCUUUGUGGUCACUCGAGGCACCAGCGGCUCGAACUUCAUGGUGUGCAUCGUCGAUACGGCAGCCGAAGACGCCGUCAUCGGAGAGACUGCCUUCCAGACGUUGGUACAGGAGCUCCGACAGCACAACCUCCAACCGGUCGAGAUCCCCUUUUCUGGCGUGGAGACCCCGUGUGCCGGCAUUGGAGGCCAGGCGAAGCUCAAGGCCCUCGUCGACAUCCCCGUUUCGGUCGCUGGACUGCACGGACUGCUUCGCUUUAAUGUCCUUCAGGACGGUGUCAUGGCCACACCCCCGCUUUUGCCGGUGAGCUUCCUCGAGGCGAUCGCCGCGCUCAUCGAUCUGGGCAACAACAUGAUCCGCACUCCUUCCGGCAGAACCACCCCGAUGAACCGCUUGCCAUCUGGUCAUCGCACCGUCGACAUCCUCGACUUUCGAGAUCGGCCUUGGCAACUCCCUCCACAUGUUUGCCCACCCGAAGGAGAUCCUUUUCAGGUGUCGUCUCGCACGAAGACUUUGGGGGAGGAAGCAACAUCAGGCGUUUGGUGCUCAACGACCUCUACUUCUUCAGCAACCCCAGAGACCCCAGAGAACAAAGAGCUUUUCCUCACUUUGCAAGACAGCCAAUCCGUCGAGGACACAGCAAAGAACCUGCGGCUGCAACAGAAAUGGUCUUACGAGGACAUGGAUGCCUUCCUGACUUCGUUGCGGUUGCAAGCUCGGGAACACACGCGAACCGUAGUGAAAAAGACGGUGGAGAACAAGGAUCCAGCAAGCUUCUCGCUCAUCCUCGGCCAGUACGUGCACGGAGCUUUCACCGGCGUGACCAAGGCGACUAAGCUCUAUCCCGAGAUGACCAAGUAUGUGACGGCCUGGAUUCGGAACAACUUCCCGACACUGCACUUCACUUCAAUCGCCCUCAAUGCCAACCUCAAGGUGCCGAUUCACAGGGACUUGAACAAUCAGGAAGAUUGCCCAAACGUGGCCAUCGCCUUUGGUGACCACUCGAAGGGCGGUCUUUGGAUUCAGUCCGGCGGGGCAAUGUCGGGAGAGAAGAAGCUUCCGGAAACAUGGCGAAAAUGUCCGAAUGGAUCUCGAGUUCCGGGUCAUGUGCAUGAGUGUCGACGUAGCCCAGUCAGGUUCUUUCCGAAAUUCUGGCAUGAGACUCAGAAGUGGAUUGGACAGCGAGUCGGCAUGAACAUCUACACGAUAAGAGGGUCAGCGCCUCAACUAGUCGAAGUUUGCCAAGAUCUGUUGAACUUGGGGUUCAGGCUUGACACAUCGACUCGAACCAGACCUCCGUGUCAGCAUGUCUUGAUGGACGCAAGUGAUCCGAAAGAAACGCCAGCCGCCCUUGAAAUGAACAGUCGUCAGUGCGAAUUUGAUCUGGAAGGAGCUUUUGAACCGGUCAAAGAACCAAACCCGCAUGCGUGGAACAGACCUUCCAGGCUCGAGCGAAUGAUCGCACUAGCCGGCAAAUUCUUUCUCAAUUCGAGACGUCGUCCGCACCGUCCUCAGCGCAACAAUGUCGUCCUUGCGGCAACGGGCGGACCGAAUGGCGUUGGAGGAAGUCAGGACCUCCAGCUCACCUGCGCCAAAGAAGAAGAUGGGCGUGCAGAAGACCGAGGCAGCUUGGAAGCGUUUGGUCGGUCGGGUGCUGUGGGUCAUCAUGACUGCAAGACAAGAGAUGGUGAUCGACUCGAUGAUCCAAGACGAGCCGAGGGUGACCCCAUCAUCGACAGCUACCUCAUCGAGCACACCGGCCAACAAGAAGAAGUCGAAGGAUGCCCACGUCGAUCAAGGCGUUGGAGAUCCGAUGUCGAGGUCCAAGGUGCACAAGACCUUUGUCCGGGAGCCGGAAGACUGCAACCACCCUCCGGACAAGCUUCGAUGCCGGGCGAAUUCCACCAGCCAGUGGUGGACCUGCACCCUGUGCGGCAGUCGAUGGAGGAGGAUGGAACAAGUCGAGGAAUCCAACCAACCACUUCCGGAGACGCAGGAGCAUGCGGCAAAGGUCACCAACCGAAGAGGACAAGAAUAUCCGAGUUUCCUACCAGCUCCACGAGGUCGCCCUCAGCAAGGAGACAAGAUGGUGGAAUUGGACCGCUUGGGGAGACCGCUGACACUUGGAGAGCGGAUGAGCCAAGCAGCUGGAAAGACAUCUUCUUCAACAAUGACGACCGUGGUGCCGGAGAGGACGACGGCUGGCGAAGAACAACCACCAGCUCGAGGGAGAGUCCGAGCAACAUCGUCGGGAUUGAGGCCAGCGCAGAGAUCCAAGACACCCGCUCGGAAGGAGCACCCGGAGACCUACGAGAUCAACAGCAACGGCGAGGAGCAUUGGUCGGAUCUGGCGAUGGAGAAUUCCCCCGACACGGGAAAAUGAAGCAAAACAAGAUCCUUUUGGAAGCACAGAACCUGGCUUGGGAGAAGAGUGGCCCGCUCCACCAGCUGGGGACCUACCUCCUCAAGACCAACAAGACCUUAAAGCCCCUCCUGGUGUUGCUCACCUGGGUGACGACUGGUUGGAUGAACUGCCAGCCGGAGUUUCUGGGAACCCCCACGGCGAGUUUGGUAUGGUGCGCGCAACAGGGUGAGUGGCGUCCGUGUCGAGACGAUGAUGGUCUCCAACGACGAGUGGGAUGUCACGUCUUCGACAAUAAGUACCAGAAGUUCAAUUGGGUCAUGGACUUCGCCGAGCACACGGACCCCAACUACCACAACAAGUUCGUGGCACUUUCUAAGGGCCAAACAUCGCAGCUGCAAAAGGUCUUGGAGAAGAACCUGGUGGAUGUCGGAGAAGUGUACUCUCCCCCAAGAGUGAUCAAAAGAGCGGAGAAGAUGGGCCUCAAGCCGGGCUUCGCUUUGGACCUGGCCACUGGCUGGGACUUCUCCAGACGUGACCACCAACAAGAAGCCCUCCGCCUGAUACGAAAGCAUCGACCUGCUCUGAUCGUGCUUUCCCCACCAUGUACACCCUUCAGCUGUAUCAGGAACCUGACGAACUUCAAGCGGGACCCGAGUGAGGUGGAACGAGAAUGGCAGGAUGGGAUGCGUCAUCUGAGCUUCGCGGUGGAUAUCGCCUGGAUUCAGAUACGGGCAGGACGCGGCUUUCUCUUCGAACAUCCCAUGCGAGCAUCCAGCUGGAAGAGCGCAACCUUGGAAGCCCUUCAAAACCACCCCCUCGUCUACACCAUCAGGAUGGACAUGUGCCAGUUUGGUCUCAAGGACAAACAGGGUGCGGCGCAUUUGAAACCCACCAUCCUCCUCACCAACAUUCGUGAACUAGUGGAUAGCCUUUCAAAGCGGUGUGAUCGUCAACACGAACACGCAUCGCUUUUGGGAGGAAAUGUGGCAAAGUGGUCGGCCAUCUACACCGACUCCUUCGUCGACGCCAUCCUGAAGGGACUACGCAAGCACUUGAUGACCGAAAGCUACCCGGUCUUCGGCAUGGCGGACUCGUGGACUUGUGGUGUCGACCACCUGGUUUGCCGCCAUUUCAGCCCGCGCACCACCAUGGUCACUCCUAAGGAUUGCCAAUUGAUCGCCGCCAACAAUCUGAAGUUCACUGGGAUGCGCCAUGUUUGCCAGCAAAUUGUUGGCGGCCCGACGAAAACCCUUUCGGACGAUUGGACGGCGCCGGCAGCUGUUCGAGUCCUUCUACCUGCUUGGACGGGCUCUACCAUCCUUCCCCUGGAACACCAAGUGUUGUUGCCAGAACCUUUUGCAGGCUUUGCGACCUGGCUGGCGCGCGGAGCCGCCCACGACCUACACGACUACCAGGUCCAGCAGGUCUACUUCCUGUCCGAAUGGACACUCAAUUUUCCAUCGCACCACAUUUUGGGGGAGGAGGCAAGAGAUCGGAGACAGGCCAUCAAGGAUGAUCCAAGUCUUUCGACUGCAUCGCCCCCGAGAAUCGAUUCCGAAGCCGAACCCCUUCUCGGCAACAAUGUUGGAGGAGAUCCCAAUUUGGCCUCCUCGGCGUCACUUGGCUCGCAGCGGAGAGAGAACUUGAAUGCGAUGGACCCACACAACAUGGUAGUGGACGAGAUCGAUGAGGAUGAAAGGAGAGUUCGUGCCGAACUACAAGCCCUUCCCGAUGUGAAGAUGCCCGAAGGCCCGGACGAGGAGGCCGUGAAGCCUCCGCCGGCGGACAUCCGCCGAGAGCUCUUUCGGGUGCACCGGAAUUUGGGGCAUCCUGAUAAUGCCACUCUCGCAAGAGCGCUCAAACAUGCGGGAGCCAAACCAGAGUACAUCAGAUGGGUCCGUUGCGGCUUUGAGUGCGCCAUCUGCGCCCAGAAAAGGCGGCCGAUGAGUCACCGCCCGGCGCAUCUCCACUCGAGAUCCAUGCCAUUCAACGAGGUGAUCGGGGUGGACUUAUUUUACAUACAACGUCGCACGUACCUCAACAUCCUCGAUUGGGGGACAAACCUACAAUGGGUCGAGAUCCUCCCCGACCGAACUUCGGCAACGGUGGCAAGGGCAAUGGCGAUGUCAUGGUUUGGCCAUUACGGACCUCCAGCGAUGGUCAUUUGCGACCAAGGGCCAGAAUUCACGGGUCGAGAAUUCUGCGACCUCAUGGGCGACCAGGGCGUGGUCAUCCACUUCACUGACGUGAACUCUCCAUGGCAAAACUCCAGGACCGAGAAGGCAGGUGGAGUCUUUAAAAGCCGCCUAGCCAAGGUGUGCCAGGAAGCCUCAGUCAUCACCGAGGGAGAGUUGAAGAUCGCCGUGGCGGAAACCGCCUGGAUGCACAACAAAUUCUACGAUCGCUCAGGAUAUAGCCCUCACCAGCGAGUUUUCGGUUCGUCGCUGAGAAUGCCUGGGUCGCUUCUUACAGACGACGGUCUCGACCGAGAAUUCCUCGAGGUGCCGAUCACCGAUGAGAUGAAAAGGGCCCGAGAGAUCCGAGAAAAGGCGGCGAAGGCCUGGAUGGAAAACCAGGACUAUGAGGCCGUGAGCCGUGCGGCGAAGGCGAACACGAGGACUGUCGACAAGAUCCCCAUCAAGCCCAACGACCGUGUGUUUGUGUGGAGAUCAACCAAGGACUUUGUGGGGUGGUCAGGCCCGGGAGUGGUGAUUCAAGUCACCGACAACGGCAGGUCGCUGUGGAUCAGCUUGCGGGGCUACUUGAUGAAAGCGUCCCGAGAACAGACAAGACUGGCAACCGGCGAAGAAAGUUUCGGCGUGGAGCUGCAAAGAAUUCUCUCGAGAGAGUUACUGGAUGACCUGGAGUCGAAUCGCAUCAAACACUAUCGGGAUGUACGGGAAGAAGGGCCUCCGGACGAAUCUGUGGAGUCCGAGGAUGAGUUUGCCAUGUAUUCUCCUUCUCUGGCGGACAUGGAGGUGGAGAACGAGAAUCCGGUCCCAGAAGGUCAUCCAGAACAACCAACGGCGGGCAUCGAAGUCAUCUCCACCACAGAGGAGGCAAGUGCUUCGAAUCCGCCGGAGAGCUCAUUGCCACCCACGGAAACUCCAGAGCCGACCACGCCAAGAAUUUCCACUGCGCCGGCGUCACGAAGGUCCAGCAUCCGAGUGGACGAGGCUUCGCACGGUCAUUUUCCGUUUGGCCCUAUCCGAGAGGAACGACCUGGACCUCCAACACCAUACCCCAUGGUCUCGGCCCCAACUUCAUGGCCUAACCCAUCAGCGCCAGCAACGUUCUUGGAGGUGAACUCGUUGACGGAGGACGAACCGGUGAAAUGGUGGAAAGACCGAGCCAGGAACCGAUGGGAGCCCAUUCCGACGGACAAAAAUGGCUUCGCAGCCAAAGAAGCAGUGGCGUACUACUCCUACACGAACAAGUGCAUUCUGCUGGCGAAGAAGAAGAAGGAGAGCCCCGGCCAAGUGGACUUCAAGAAACUUCCCGAGUCCUUGAAGAAAGUCUUCCGAAAGGCCCGAGACAAAGAAAUCAAGUCCCUCAUUGAUUCUGGAGCCAUCCGGGUGAUGUCCCUGGAAGAGUCGCGCAAGUUCGCCAAGGAUCACCCCGAGCAUGUUCUGACCUCGAGAUACGUGGACAGAUGGAAACCUUCCACUGACGGCAGUCUACUACCAGAACGCUUCGACGCAUACGACAGCAAGCUGGCUCAGGACGAGACAGUGGCGCCGAAAAGCCGGUGGACCGUGGUGGGGUGGAAGGACCCAGAAGUCCACUCCAUUGAACGUUCGGCUCUUACUCCGCUUACCACUUCCAUCUACCUGGCGAUGCAAACUGCGGCAAGUCGAAAAUGGGCGGGACACGUCCGCGACGUCAAGACGGCAUUCUUGCAGGGCAUGCCUACGACCAGGAAACAGAAGCUCGCAGUGAAGAUGCCCCCGUGCGAGCACUUCCCGGAGUACCACGUCGAACAGCUCAUUCUGCUCUUGACCGAGGUAUACGGGUUGGUCUCAGGACCGGCAUGGUGGCGCUGCAGCCUUCUUCAGGUCUUGGUCAAAGAACUCGGCUACCGGGUCAACGCCUUCGACAAGUGCGUCCUUACCCUCGACGCGGACGAGAAAGAGACCAAGGAAGACCAGAAGAAGACGCAAGGCAUCAUAGUAGUGGAAGUGGAUGACAUCCUAGAAGGUGGAGGACCGCGACACCGACAGAAGAUGGCGUUGUUGGAAAGCCGAUUCAAAUUCGGCAAAAUCACCAAUCUUAUGGACGCGAGCGAGGGAUCGGGUUACGCUGGCCGCAGACUACGACAAAGGGCCGACUACAGCUUCUCCUACAGCAUGGACGACUACGUCGAGAAUCGCCUCCGCUAUGUCAAGAUCGAUAGGAGAUUCACCAAGAAAGCAGCCCCAAGUCUGGCCCUCACCACCGACGAGGAGAGUCAACUUCGAGGCGCGAUAGCGGCACUGAACUGGGCGGCGCGGGAAGGGCGGCCGGAUGCCUCAGCUCCAGCCUCCAUUCUCGCCGGAUGCUUUCCCAACCCCAGUGUGGCCGACGUCCUCGCGGUGAACAAGGCGGUGGAGACCCUGAAGGCGACGAAGGUCGAGCUCAUCAUCCACGCCUUCCCGGAGAACCAGAUUCGGCACGUCGUGAUCAGCGACUCAUCCUUCGACCCUUCCGGCAAACAGAAGCCCCAACAUGGAUGGUUGCAGGCCAUCACCACGCCAGGUCUGAACCGAGGAGAAAGAACCCCCAUCUCCCUCAUCGCUUGGAAGUCCAAGAGGUUGAAGCGAAAAGCCGGAAACACACUGCUUUGUGAGAGCAUCUCGCUUUCGACAGCAGUGGGCGCAUUGGAGAAACAAGUGGCUACCUGGGCAAGCUUCACUCGCUCAAAGUUUCGGCCCCAAGACUUGGAGCUGGACAUCAGUGAAGAAGUUCGCCUGGGAUUGAGAAGCUCCACCUCUGUCAUCGCCUCCGACGACAAAGCGUACAGUGAUCCUGCGGCCAUAGCCAUCUCAGACUCGAAGAGUCUCUUCGAUGCUCUGCAUGCGGAACAGGCGCAUGGUGAAGACGACCGCUCAGCUUUAGAAGUGGCGAUCAUACAGGAAUCUCUCCUGAGACUAGGCGGCAGGGUGCGUUGGAUCCCACAUAACGUCAAUCCCUCAGACGCUCUUACGAAGGUGGAUGGGGCUCAUGUCCAACCUUUAAUCCAGCUCCUGAGGGGUAUUUCCGGCGUGAAAGUCAUGGCUCACAAGCAGAUCGCCAGACUUCAGGUCGAGAGCAUCUUGCACCACAACCGGCAGUUCAACCACUACACCGCAGCCGUGCGUGAGAAGAUACUGACUGACAUCACCAAUGCUCAGAAAUUCUCGGACAAGCAUUUCGAGUUGUUCCGACGUAUCCAUGACUAUGGCAACAAUUGGGACGAAGAAGCCUACCUGGCAUCUACAACCUCGCACGAGGAGCUUGCUUCCGACAUGGGUCGCAUGCGGGAGUUCCAGGCAGAUCUCGACAAGUACAAGCCCCACCACAAUGUUGGAAUCAUCGUGGUGGAUGGGCGAAACUUGCGGGCAAGCCUGCAACCUGUCCCAGAGCGGGGUCUGGCGGCCAUGAAGAAGGCGCUCACGGACAUCGCCCGGCGCAAGUGCCAGGGUGUCUUGCAGCGCUUCGACCAAGCCAACAAGGUUCUGGACGAGCGGCCAAAGAGCCUCACGGCCUAUGCGGACUACGUCAAGGCAGCGGGCCACGUGGUGCACUCGUGGCUGUGGCAUGUUGUUCAGUCAAGUCGGUGCCGACAACAGUUCCAGUACAGCUUUGAGCGGGGCCAAUCCGGCAGCUGUCACGUGUUUAUUCAAUGGCUCAUAUGGCUCUCAACAGGUUCAAGCACUGAGGCUUGGACUACCGAAGCCGCCGAACUCCACAUCCCACCAAUUCUCAAGCUUACUUUAGACCUUCAAACCAUACAACACCGGCACGUGCAAUUACCGUGUGUUGCGCAUGCGCUUUGGCUGCCGCUGGAGAGCCGUUCUUGCGCUGGGAUCACUACUGCUGGGAGGCUCGUAUUGAAUGUCCAUGGCUUCGGAUGCCAGCUUCAGGAUUUGUGCCUAUACAGGGUUUAG